CUCCUGAGCUGGCAGCUUUCCUCUCUUUCACCCCCUUCAUUCCCUCAACUCACUCCAAAAGCUCUCUCAGAAGCUUCAUUGCACUCAGUUCUACCCUUCAAAAUGGCCGCCCGACCUCAGAACAUUGGCAUCAAGGCCAUUGAGAUUUACUUCCCCAGCCAGUAUGUUGAGCAGACCGAGCUCGAGAAGUUCGAUGGUGUUUCCGCUGGCAAGUACACCAUUGGUCUAGGCCAGACCAAGAUGGCCUUCUGUGACGACCGUGAGGAUAUCUACUCCAUGGCUCUCACCGUCACCUCAAGACUCAUCAAGAACUACAACAUCGACGUCAACGAGAUCGGCCGUCUCGAGGUUGGCACCGAGACCAUCCUCGACAAGUCCAAGUCUGUCAAGACUGUCCUGAUGCAGCUAUUCGGUGACAACACCAACAUUGAGGGUGUCGACACCAUCAACGCCUGCUACGGCGGCACCAACGCCUUCCUCAACAGUGUCAACUGGAUCGAGUCCUCAGGCUGGGACGGCCGCGACGCCAUUGUGGUCGCUGGUGACAUUGCCCUCUAUGCCAAGGGUGCUGCCCGACCAACCGGUGGCGCUGGCGCUGUGGCCAUCCUUGUUGGCCCUAACGCCCCUCUUGUUGUUGAGCCCGGUCUGCGUGGCACCUUCAUGCAGCACGCCUACGACUUCUACAAGCCUGACCUGACCAGCGAGUACCCCGUUGUCGAUGGCCACUUCUCCCUCACUUGCUACACCAAGGCUCUCGAUGCUGCCUACCGGGACUACUGCAAGAAGGAGGCCAAGCUUGCCAACGGCACCACCAACGGUGUCGACUCCAGCAAGACCCCUCUCGACCGCUUCGACUACCUUGCCUUCCAUGCCCCUACAUGCAAGCUGGUCCAGAAGUCAUACGCCAGACUGCUGUACCACGACUUCCUGACCAACGCUGAUGCCGCUGCCUUCGCCGAGGUCGCCCCUGAGCUGCGUGACAUGGAUUAUGAGAAGUCUCUGACCGAUAAGGCUCUUGAGAAGACCUUCAUGACCCUCACCAAGAAGCGCUUCCAGGAGCGUGUCAACCCCGCCAUCCAGGUCGCCACCCUCUGCGGUAACAUGUACUGCGCCAGUGUCUGGGGUGGUCUGGCCAGUCUGCUGUCCUUCAACGACAGCAAGGCUCUCGAGAACAAGCGAAUUGGUCUCUUCAGCUACGGCUCCGGCCUCGCCGCUACCUUCCUGUCUCUCCGCGUCGUUGGCAACGUAGAGAACAUCCACAAGACCCUGGAUAUCCCCGCUCGUCUGGAGGCCCGCAGAGCUGUCCCCCCCGAGACCUACGAUGAGAUGUGCAACCUCCGAAAGCAGGCCCAUCUCCAGAAGGACUACACCCCCAAGGGUGAUGCCUCUACCAUCGCUCCUGGCACCUACUACCUGGAGAAGAUUGACGACAUGUUCAAGCGCGAAUACAAGGUCCAGGUCUAAAUUGCCUUUGACUUUUGAUCUUCUUCUACUUCUUCCACCACCACCCCUUUUCAUUGAACAUAAAGAAAACUUAUUUUUUUCUGUUUGAAUAAUUUGUGCGGCAUGGAGCACACGGCGUCCUAUUUUUACCACUAUUAGGCGAUUUUUGCGGGAAUACUCUUCUCUAGUGGCACGACGAAGCACAGCGAUAGACUCAUCUGUCGAGGAAAUGCAGAUGACAACUUGAAAUUUUUUUGCGAUGAAUGAUUUUUUUUUUUUUUUUUUUUUUU